CAUGCAUGAUCACUAAUUGCUAGUGUCAGUAAACGCGUGCAACUUCAGCGGUAUGGACCAUCCACAACAGAUGGACACGGUAGCCAAACAAAAUCGUAUCAAACUAAAACUUAUACCUGCCAAAUCCAGUGACGUCAGCAAUGGGCAGGUGAUUGCCAGUCUGGUGGUUGUCAACGAUGAGGGCGAGGCCAAUGGUGGUGCCGGCGAUGGCAGCAAUGCCUUACCUUACAUCGAUGAGGCGGUGACGGCAACGAAUGUCAACCAACUGCAAAGUGUCCGCGACGUCAAAGAAGAGAAACCGCGAGUGAGGUUCUAUGCGGUGGGGCCAUCGACCUAUAAAGUAAAAUGUCCAUUGUGUCAUCAGAACGCCAACGCUUGCGUUAUGCGUGGCGCCAGCUGUAAAGAUGCCACUUGUUGCCUAUCACUAUUGUCAUGUGUUUUUCCGAUCUUCUGGCUGUGUUGCCUUUGCACUUGGUGUGGGUGCAACAGUGAGUGGCAUACUAACAGCCUGUAUUGCAGUCAGUGCGGCGGUAAAUUGGGUAAACUUAGGAAACCGUUGUAAAUUAGAUGAAUUUUUUAGUAGAUUUUAAAAACGAACAAUAAAAUAAAAGUAUUAUUUAAAAAACUUUUUUUAAACGAA